AUGAAGAGAAAUCAAGCAAGACUGAAUACUGGGAAAACCAUACCUAUCCUUGGUAUGGGCACUUAUUCCUAUGAAAAUGAUAGAGAGACUACUGAACGAGCAGUACAUAUGGCUCUACAGAUGGGUUACAGGCAUUUUGAUACAGCAAAAGUAUAUGGUUCUGAGCCUGCCGUGGGAAAGGCUUUAACAGAAGCAAUUGGUGCUCGUGUGGUUGAAAGAGAAGACAUUUUUGUUACGUCAAAGCUGUGGGGAAGUGAUCACCAUGAUCCAGUUUCAGCUCUCAACCAAACUCUACAGACCCUUGGGAUGGAGUACAUUGACAUGUACUUGGUGCACUGGCCGGUCAAGUUGAAGCCUUGGGCUUGCUAUGCUGUGCCUAUGGAAGAUGAUUUUGAGCCACUGGACUUGGAGACCACAUGGUAUGGAAUGGAAAAAUGCAUGGAGCUGGGACUCUGUAGGGGCAUUGGUGUCAGCAAUUUCUCUUCCAGGAAGAUCGAAAAGCUAUUAGACUUUGCAUCAUUGGCCCCUGCUGUUAAUCAGGUGGAAAUGCAUCCAAUGUGGAGGCAAAGAAAUUUAAGGCAGUUCUGUGGGGACCACAGGAUCCAUGUAAGUGCAUAUUCACCACUUGGUGGGCCGGGAAAUUCAUGGGGAUCAACGGCUGUGGUGGAAGACCCCAUCAUCCAAUCCAUUGCUCUCAAACACAAAGCAACCCCUGCGCAGGUUGCUUUAAAAUGGGGAUUAACAAAGGGCGCUAGCGUGAUCGUGAAGAGCUUCAACCACGACAGGAUGAAGGAGAACAUGAGAGCCCAUAAACUGAGAUUGGACGACGGUGAUUUACUUGACAUUGAGCAGAUGGAGGAGAGGAAGAUAAUGAGAGGAGAAUUUCUUGUUAAUGAAACCACAAGUCCAUACCAGACCAUUCAAGAACUAUGGGAUGAUGAGAUCUGA